AGGGACGGGGCCGGGGGCGGGCGGCGGCGAGUCGGGAUAAACACUCGGCGGUGGCGGCUGGGCUCCGGGCUCCGUGCUGUCCCAGCGCUGCCCCUCCUGGCUGGCCAGCGCGGCGUCUCCUCGGUGUUCCCGGCCGGUGGCCCACGGGCACGAAGAGGCUGCCCCGCCGGGUGCAGGAUGGCUACAGCCGUCGGGAUGAACAUCCAGCUGCUGCUGGAGGCGGCCGAUUACCUGGAGCGGCGGGAGAGAGAAGCUGAACAUGGGUAUGCCUCCAUGUUGCCGUACAGUAGCAAGGACAGAGAUGCCUUCAAACGGAGGAACAAGCCCAAGAAGAACAGCACCAAUAGCAGAUCCACUCACAAUGAGAUGGAGAAGAACAGGCGUGCUCACCUCCGCCUGUGCCUGGAGAAGUUGAAGGGAUUGGUGCCGCUGGGCCCUGAGUCAAGCCGACACACCACACUGAGUUUGCUGACAAAAGCCAAAUUGCACAUAAAGAAACUUGAAGACUGUGACAGGAAAGCUGUCCACCAAAUAGACCAGCUUCAGCGGGAGCAGCGGCACUUGAAGCGGCGGCUGGAGAAACUGGGUGCCGAGAGGACGCGGAUGGACAGUGUGGGCUCUGUGGUGUCCUCGGAGCGCUCUGACUCAGACAGGGAAGAGCUGGACGUGGACGUGGAUGUGGACGUGGAGAGCACAGACUACCUCAAUGGGGACCUGGGCUGGAGCAGCAGCGUGAGUGACUCAGACGAGAGAGGCAGCAUGCAGAGCCUGGGCAGUGACGAGGGCUACUCCAGCGCCAGUGUCAAGAGAGCCAAGCUCCAGGAUGGGCACAAGGCAGGUCUCGGGCUAUAGGAGAGGGCCACUGGUUCUCUCCACCACACCUGGUCAGGUAGUGUACCAGACCUGCCCAGGCGCCCUUGCACGCAAACCUCACGUACCACCUUGACCAAAAUCAGCUCUGUCCACUUUGCAGAAAGCACAUAGGGUUGUUGUCCUGAGUGCGGUCAGUAGCUUCUCUGUCCAUACACCUCGACGCCGAGAGACUGUACAUUCCAGUCAAUUCGAAGCACCCAAGAAUCCUUAGCUCUAAGCAAGUUCUCACCUCUCAGCAGCCCCCUGUGCACUGUCCUCCUGCAGCUGACCAGGUCUUUCUUAGUUUUCUGGCUCAUGAUGGUACUUGCCCAGGAGAGAAGUUCAAGCUUUGUCUGGCUCGUAGGAAACAGAAGCAUACAAACUUCUCAAAGGGAACUCAAUCUCAGAAACCCCAAAGAAAGCUUUGAAAGCAAACCUGAAGAGCACUGAGAAGCCAGGAGUACCUCCAGCGAGCCCUGCUGCGGCCUAGCCGCGUUCCACAGUGUCCCUGCUUAAAAGCGUGCACUGGGCAGCUCAGGAGAACAGUGUGCCCCUGCGUGCUGUUCGGGGGGCCUGGCUGUGUGCUGUGUCUCAAGGCACCCCCGCGCCCCGAGUUUGUUGAUGCUACUUGUCUCUGGAACAUUGUCCUACCUCAGAGAUAGAUGAGAUCUCCAUUGUCCACAUAACGGAAGCGAUUGUGCUUCUUUGUCCCCGCGCUCCCCUUCACCUGCUUCCUUGUCGGACUCCCAGCAAUAACUGAGUUUUGGCACUGGCUGAGCUACCAGCCACCAUCUCUGAGAGAAAGAGGCCACAUUUCUUCUCCGUGGCAAGUGAGCAGGAGGGUUCCCGUGUCACCAGAACUCUCCUGCUGAGGGACUUUUGAACACAUCUGGAAGCUUCCUUCUGGAGACUUCUGGGUCAAUGGCUUAAAAUAAUGACCCCCCUCCCCCGUGGCAUUUUUAUUUAAGCUGAACCAGAGCACAUGUGUAUGUACAUAAGACACACAAAACCUAUAAAUACUAUUUAUUCAUUUUAUAUAAACUAAUGUAAUGGAAUAUAAAUUCUUAUGACUGCUUUUAUAGAUGUUCUAGAAACUUUGUACGUAGCUGUCUACAAAAUUAGUUCAUUCCCCUGAAUAUUUUUGCAUUCAUAUUUUGAGGUCUGAAUGUUUUCAGCCUCUGGUGAAUCUUUUUCAUUGAGUAUGAACCAUUUGUAAAAUCUGUGCUCUGUAGCCAAGCCUGUGUCACCAAGUAAUGGAACACUCCUGAGAUCCACAGUGCCACCUAAGGGCUCCGCAGCUGACCCAGCAGCAGGUGGCUACAGAGUCGCGCGCCCCCCUCACAUCCAGACAGCCCUGGCAGAGAGCAGUCCCAGCCAGACAAGGCCGCUGUGGAUGUCAUGGGUUCCUUAGCAGUCCCAAAGUCCUGUUUUGGCUUUUUAUUUUUCUCUUGGAGUGUUUCCCAAUUACCAGUUGAAAAUUUGCACGGAAACACAGUUUGGAUGCUAUUUGCAAUUGUAAAGCCCCUUCCAGAGUCUAAGCAGAAUGGUGGUGUUCAAGGAGCUGGCCAGGCCUGUCUCUAGAAGAUACAGCUGUACCUUGAAGGUCCCCUUCGGUCCCCACCUGCUAGAGCCCGAGGGCAUCGUGUCUGCUCACUGCGUCCAAAGCCGGCAGAAAUUCAAGACCACGGGACAGCUUACACAGGGGAGGGGACAAGACACGUACACAUAUUUAUUUCACUUAGAAGGUGUCUGAGAUACCUUUAUUUUCUGUGUUUUAAUUAUUGCGCCUUUGAGUUAAACUGCUUUUUUUUCUUUUCUUUUCUUUUUUUUUUUUUUUUUGUUGAAAUAUGAAGUGCACUGUCCCAACAUAAAGCUGUAAUUAUUUCACCUUUGCCCUGUCUGUCUGGUCCUUGCAUAAAUGUGAGGUAGGUCUCUGUAUGUUUAAAGCACUUGUGACAGACUGACUGCCAAGGUCAGGCCUGACUUUGCAAGUUUGAGGUAGACUGAGUCAUUGUGGUAGGCAGGCUUUUCUCUGACCAAAUCCAUAGCAUCUGGAGACCUGCAGGCUUCACCCAGGGCAGCUAAUUCCCAUCCAGUCUCUCCUUCACUCAUCACCAGCAUGUCUGCCAAGAGCCAGUCAUGAGGGCGGUUUUUGUUUUCUUAAGCAAAAUGAAAAACCUUUCUAAUAAAGUUGCUGGGCGAGGGGGGUGAAGGUAUGAACCCCAGCCAUUAAGACUGACAUUAUACAUGAGCAGAAGUAUGUCACUGAAGCACAUGUAUAUUUUUAUGUGAAAGUUCCUUUUGAAACUAAAAUCUCAGCUGCACUCUACGGACACUCAAGAUGCACGUGGGAAAAUGGGAGCUCACUGUCGACUUAAUUUCAUGCCACAAGGAACCAUUUCAUCGUCCGGAAAACACAGGACUGGCUCUGGACAAACGCCCAGCACCCAGCAAGUCUAGAUUUGGGUUUUCCUUCACUAACAAGGUAUCUUGAAUUCAGUAGCAACUGCCAGUGCCUCUGCCCUUGAAGACCUGGUGCUGGCUUGAUGAGGCCCUGAGGGUCUUGAACAAGACCUAGAUUCUCCCUCUUGGCCCAAGGAUAACUCCAGCUGGGAUCAGUGAGUUGGGCAGGCCCAACUUUUCAGUGUCUGCUGGAGUAGUUUUAUGGCUUGGGAUUUUCAUCUACCCCCUGCUGUGUGUGACAGAAGCCAAGGGUUUCCUGGGCUUUUCUGUGGCCUUUCUCCCCACCUUUGAUGUAGCCCAAGGGUAUUUGGAGGUCUAAGAACGCAGGAGAUGGCGUAUGAUACUCAAAACCUUCUAGCAAUAUCUUGGGGACUUGACGAUGAGUUUUGUGGACUCUUCCCCUCUUGCCUUCUUCCCUGUCCCUUCAAGAGAGAACUUAUUUUUUGAAGAGCGUAUAUAGACACAUUAAGGUUUUAUACCAUGCUAUAUUGGCAGGAAUACCACUUUUACUGUGCUUUGUAAUUUAUCACCCAAAUCCUAUUUCCUGUUUCUUUACUGGGGUGGCUCCAUUGUUUUGUCUUCCUACUUUACCAUUCCUGUGUGUUCUCUCUUAUUUUUCUGUGUCUCUUUGGUGUUUCAAUAGCUGCUACUCCUGGCUCCAGUACUCCCUGGGAGCAGACAGCCCAGCACCUUUUGCCACGUUGUGGCUUCUCUCAUUUCUGUGCGCCCAGAGCAUUGUAGUCUGCAGCAUAGUUGGUUUUCAAAGAUCCUGGGUUGAGGUGGUGUGAAAUGUGAUUCAUCAAUAGUUCUAAUAAUUUUCUUUAACUGUGGUCUUCUGAAAGAAGAAAUAAUUGGUUGGCACCAUUAGAUUCAGCUCGUGGAUGGCCAAGGAAAUUGAGUGUUUAUUAUAUAUCAGAAUCAUACAAUGAGAAUCAGGAAGGCGCUCUGUGCGGAGAUGUAUCUGGACUUCUUCCUUUGAGUUCUUGCUCUGUCUGGGAGGGCAGUGGGUCGGAGCGGGCGUUCUUCAUUUUAGCUCUGAUCUAAAAGCCAAGCUUGCCUCUGCCACUGUCCCAAGAAUUGGUGCUCCUGGUAUAUUGCUGUGAGUGGCUAGUUGUGGGGGCCCAUCUUUCUAAAGGUGAGCAGCCUCCACAGGAGAGCCGCAGGUGAAGAAUGGGAAACGUGUUUCCAGAUGUUUCUUUAUGUAAAUAUGGUGCCAAUGUAAACCUGUGUUGAGACUGUGGAGAAUGGUGCUUUUUGGGGGGAGGGGGGCUGCAGUUAGCACAUGUGUUUUUAGAAACCAUCAUGAUUUAGAGACUCCUUGCUGUGUGUAAAUUUAUGUGUCCGUCCAUUAACAAAUAAAUUAUUUCAUUAUUAAAGAAA